AUGAAAGCAGCGCUAUCGACUCUGAUCAGCACCAAGAAUCUUCCUCCUCACCACUGCGCUUCAUCUUCCUCCUCUUCUCUCUCUCGCUCCAUUUGGCUGCACCCAAAACCCCUCUCUCCUCCACCAUCUUUCCUCGCCCCAAUCGCACCCGCCAAGUCCCUCAGCAGCAGCAGCAUCGGUCUUAGCCGCAGCUCCAAAAUCCACACAGCUAAUUUCUCGUCGACAAUGGCCUCCGCUUACAAGCCCGAAGCAGCCAGGGUCCCGCCUGCCCUUCCCUUGCCCACCCCUCCCGUCACCAAGGCAAGCUAUCUCAUAAUGUCUCUCUGUGUUGUUUUUAAGAUUGGACUGUGCCAAUUAGCGGUGACGGCUGAUAAGGAGAGGAACAUUGCCCAUGCCCGCAAGGCCAUCGAGGACGCUGCUGCAAAGGGCGCCCAGCUUGUUCUCCUCCCUGAAAUUUGGAAUGGUCCGUAUUCAAAUGAUAGCUUCCCGGUUUAUGCUGAGGACAUUGAUGCGGGUGGCGAUGUAUCUCCUUCAACAGCCAUGCUGUCUGAGGUUUCUCAGCGUCUGAAGAUCACCAUUGUUGGCGGAUCUAUAGCAGAGCGUUCUGGGGAUCGGUUGUACAAUACUUCUUGUGUCUUUGGCACUGAUGGGAAGCUGUUAGCUAAACAUAGGAAGAUACACCUAUUUGAUAUUGACAUCCCUGGGAAAAUUACCUUUAUUGAAUCAAAGACUCUUACAGCAGGGCAGACUCCUACCGUUGUGGACACAGAAGUUGGGCGUAUUGGCAUAGGUAUCUGUUAUGACAUUAGGUUUCAGGAACUAGCAAUGAUUUAUGGAGCAAGAGGUGCUCACUUGAUAUGCUAUCCUGGGGCUUUUAACAUGACUACUGGACCGUUGCACUGGGAAUUAUUACAGAGGGCAAGGGCUGUAGAUAACCAGCUAUAUGUGGCAACUUGUUCGCCUGCUCGAGAUGCUGGAGCCGGUUAUGUGGCAUGGGGCCACUCCACCCUAGUCGGACCAUUUGGAGAAGUACUGGCGACUACAGAACAUGAAGAGGCAAUAAUCAUAGCAGAGGUUGAUUAUUCACUUCUUGAGCUUAGACGCACAAACCUUCCCUUACUGAAGCAAAGACGAGGUGAUCUUUACCAAUUGGUAGAUGUUCAGAGGUUGAAUUCUCAAUGA